UGGGUGAAUGCAGCCGGAAGUAGUUCUAUUGGCAUGGCUGGUUCUCGUUGAAGAGCACUAUGGCCUUUUCAUCAGUGGCACUUCCAAAGACAUUAUCGACAAUACACUACAGGGCUUUCAGUGUUUCAGCAGUUGCGGCAGCUCUUCAGAAGCUGACGAGAGUACGGGUUGUCGACAACAGCAGUCUUGGAAACACCCCCUAUCACCGUCCUCCUAGAGUCAUUCAUGUAUACACCAAGAAUGGAGUGGGCAAAGUGGGCGACACUGUCCUGUUGGCUAUUAAAGGACAGAAAAAGAAAGCACUGAUUGUGGGUCACAAGAUGCCUGGACCAAGAAUGUCACCUAGGUUUGAUUCAAAUAAUGUUGUUUUGAUCGAAGAAAAUGGGAACCCAACAGGAACAAGGAUUAAAGCUCCCAUACCUACACAUUUACGCAAGCUGGAGGGUGAUUACUCCAAAUUAUUAGCUAUUGCACAACACUUUGUGUAGGUAGUGUUACUGUGCUGUAAAUUACCAUUUGUCUGAGAGGACUUCUGCUACUACUGCUGAUUGUUACAAUGCUUCGAAAUAAACAAAAGAAAGAAAAGUAUAUUAAUAUCUCCAAAACUUGGCAAACAGAAGUUAAUAAAAUAAUAUAAAAAGUC